AUGAUGAUCGCGUUGGCCCCGCGGGAAAUCAUUGGACAAAUGGCAGUCCUGAGUCCUGACGCUCUCUCACUCUCCCUUUUUUCUGGCCAUGCUGGCAGACAGCCUCUCCGCUCUCCGGACACAGGAGACCCAGUCCUUUCCUUAAUCGUGCCGUUCCCUCCGAUCCGGUCGCGCCACGUGUCCCGUACUCUCUCUCUCUGUGUGGACGCCGCCACCUUCCUUACGAGGAUGUCUAUGCCUACCUAUACGCGUGUCCAACCCUAUUGUACGCAGCAGGUUUCAUUUCAUCACCUUUUUGGGUCCAGCCCUAAAGAGCCUGUACAGUUAAAAGACGAUUAUACCCCUGAGGGUAGAGGUGGGAAGUUUCAAAUUGCUCUCCGUUCCAUCAACCUCUACGUACGUAAGGAAGAACAUAAGUAUAUUUUGCUUAAGGGGUAA